GACAUCACGCCCGCCGGCCGUCUUCCGGCUUCCUUCAGCCGCGUCUUCAAGUGGAUGCGCCGGAGUUGCGCCCAGUCGUCCCGCCUGCGCCAGCCACGCGGACGCACGCGCGCGCGCUCCCGUCCCGUCUCGCACUUACCGCGCAGCCCUCGUCCGCUCUUCGCGCGGAGGGCGACCAGGAAGGAAGACGGCAGCCGAGCAGCUCCGAGCAUCUUCCAUCUUGUCCUGUUUGUCGUCCUUUUUGAUUCCAAGCGUUCAUCUUUUCCAUCUUUUUUGUCGCGGAGCCUGUGAGCGUGUGUGUGUGUGGGGGGGGUUUUCUUUUUGGGUUUUUUUUUUCUUUUCUUUUUUUGGGUACCCCCUCCUCUUCCUCUUCCUCCUCCUCGUCGUCGUCAUCAUCAUCUGCGGAGGUGCUCAGAGCCUUCGCUCGCAGAGACGCGUGCGGUUUUGCGGGAUAUGGCCAAAUAGCAGCAGCCCGUGAUGCCGGACCAUGACAGCGACUCCCUCCUGAACAGACAGACCAAGCGAAGACGUGUGGACAUCGGCGUGAAGAGGACCGUGGGCAGCGCCGCCUCCGCCGCAGCGACAGCGACCACCGAUAGCAUUGCGCGCGCCAAAGCGGCCAUCUUUAGUGCCAUGAACUCUCUGAGCGCCCACUCUCACCACAGAUCAGACGGCGACCCCAUGGAGUGCUCUGUAGUCCAGGCGCACGGAGGGCCUGGCGUGGUUUCGGCCGGCGACGGCGAUUCAAAGUCCAACGUGCUGCGGAAGCUGCUGAAGCGGGCCAACUCGUACGAGGAUGCCAUGAUGCCCUUCCCCGGCACCACCAUUAUCUCCCAGUUGCUCAAGAACAACUUGGCUAAAAACGGCGGCGGGCCGGAAAGAGUGGACAGAGGCGACCACGGCUUCCCGGGAUCGGGGCUCUCGAAUACGAGCUCUGACGCUCCCCAGGAGGACGCCUGCAGCAACUCCUCCCAGGAGAGCUCCCCUCAGGAGUGUUUGUCGCCCUUCGGCCGGCCCCCCGGCCUGGGCGCGUUCGACAUCGAGCGUCUCAACAACGAGCACCUGCGCGCCAAGCGAGCGCGCGUGGAGAACAUCAUUCGCGGUAUGAGCCACUCCCCGAGCGUGCCGGUGCCGCCGUCUUCUCGCCACGAGCGCGACCACGAGAUGGACGGCGAGCGGGAAAUGGAUCUGGAGUGCCCGCCUCCUCGGUCCCAGCACCAGGGCCCCGGCGGGCCCGGCAGCCCGCGAGCGGGUGAGGUGUGCGGAGGCGGCAGCCGGGAGAAUAAGCGCAAGCAGCGUUUGCCUCAGCAGCAACAACAGAGCUUCACCCAGCUGGUCUGUCAGAGGAAAGAGCAGAAGCAGGAGGAGCGGCGACAACUGAAGCUCCAGCUAGAGGACAUGCAGAAGCAGCUCCGACAGCUGCAGGAGAAAUUCUUCCAGAUCUACGACUCCACCGACGACUCUGAACACAACGACAUAGGAAACCUGUCCGAGGACAGCCCGGCGAGGUCCGACAAUGGCGCCGACGACCGGGGCGGCGAGGACUUGCGCUCCGACAACGAGAUGUCCGACCUGGAUCCCGGCCACUUCCUGGAUCGGGCGCGGGCGUUGCUUCGAGAGCAGGCUCUCCUGGGGGACGGAGACAAGCCGACGAGACGAGAUGCGAUCGGCCGGAGCAAAGGGCAGGGAGGCCCCGGCGCCUCCGUGCACGCCGAAGGUAAACAGCUGGCAGAAACGCUGAAGCAGGAACUCAACUCGGCUAUGACGCAGGUGGUGGACACUGUCGUCAAGGUGUUUGCCAAGCCCCCGCGCCCUACGCCCCAGCAGGCAUUCCCCCCGCUUUCCUUACCCCCUGAAAGGUUCUCUUCUGCAGUCAACGGGGACAACCCAAACUUCCACACCACCAACCAGAGGCUGCAGUGCUUCGGCGACGUCAUCAUUCCCAAUCCGCUUGACUCCUUCACCGGCAUUCCCGGGAUUCCCGGUCCGGUGAAUGACCAAACCGAGGCCCUGCCCUUAGUUGUAAGGAAGACGCCCAGUGACCACCACCACCAUCACCACCACCAUCACCAGUCCUCAGCUGUGGGUGCCCACGGGGGUCACCACCAUCCAUCUCUUCACCCUUCGUCACUCUCUGCCUCAAUGGGGUUCAGCCCGCCCUCCUUCAGACACCCCUUUCCCCUGCCUCUCAUGGGUUACCCCUUCCAGAGUCCCCUGGGCCCACCCACGGGCGGCUACCCGAGCAAGGAGCGCUCCUCGCCGGACUCCGUGGACCUGUCCCGGGAGACCACGAGCCUGAGGACCAAGAUGGCGUCCGGCCACCACCUGGGGCACCACCACCGCUCGUGUUCGCCCGCACACCCUGGCAGCACGGCGGACGGACUCUCCUUGUCGCUCAUCAAAUCCGAGUGUGGCGACCUGCAGGACAUGUCUGACAUCUCGCCUUACUCGGGCAGCAAUAUACAGGAGGGUCUCUCCCCGAAUCACCUGAAGAAGGCCAAGCUCAUGUUCUUCUACACCCGCUACCCGAGCUCCAACAUGCUCAAGAUGUUCUUCUCCGACGUGAAGUUCAACCGCUGCAUCACCUCGCAGCUCAUCAAGUGGUUCAGCAACUUCCGGGAGUUCUACUACAUCCAGAUGGAGAAGUUUGCCCGGCAGGCCAUCAACGACGGCGCCGCCGGCGUGGAGGACCUGAGCGUGAGCCGCGACUGCGAGCUCUUCAGAGCCCUCAACAUGCACUACAACAAGGCCAACGACUUUGAGGUCCCCGAUCGCUUCCUGGAGGUGGCGGAGAUCACGCUGCGGGAGUUCUUCAACGCCAUCGUGGCGGGCAAAGACGUGGACCCGUCGUGGAAGAAGGCCAUCUACAAGGUGAUCUGCAAGCUGGACAGCGAGGUGCCCGACAUCUUCAAGUCGCCCAACUGCCUGCAGGAGCUUCUACAUGAGGACUGGAAGGUCCAACGCAACUGGAGCCUCGGAGGCUCAAGAGAGGAGCCUGGGAAAGGAGGAACAAAGGGCCGUCCGUCUGCAGCCAUCACCGCCCCGCGCCUCCUCUCCCCUCUCUGGGCGCUACUGCCCCCCGCGCCCCCCUUCUUCCGUCCCUCGGUCCCCUUGCCUCUCUUCCAUCUCGCCACUGGCCAGCGCCCCAAAUUAAGACUUCAGACAAGAAUUGGACUCGCUAAAAACAGGGAGAGAAAGAGGGCAAAAGAGAGAGAGGGAAGGAAGUCCGUAACAAGCCAAGAGGAGCAGCGCGACAAAGCCUCUGUUGUUGGAUGGCAGGGCCCCUCUGUCGCUCGGCGAGGAACUGUCACCGUGUCAACUUGGACCUCUUGUUUGCGAGCCACACAAACAAAAAGCAUUCAUGAACACACACACACACACACACACAUACUUGCACAAAUGCUUGUAGACUUUCCCUGCAUGGAAGCAUGAAAUGAUAUACCUCGAGGCGGGGACUUCAAAGCCGAAUCGCGAAUAUAAUUUGGGGAGGUGACGCACGAGGGAAAGACGCACCUGCAAGCGCUUUGAUAUUGUACAUAAACAGAGUGCGUCCCUAACCGAGCAUUGAAACUCGUUUGGCUUCGUCUACACUCAAACCCGACCGAGUCUAGUGAGUCCAAGACAGAUGGCACUCGGGGGCAAAUUUGUGUCUCCCUUUCCAUCGUUUCCUCUAGGACACUCUCGCUUUUAAUAGCCAUUAUUGGCAUUCUUUGCCUCUUCCAGAUCCCCGAAUCAGAAAUCACAGGGGCCCAUUAUAUUUCCUAUUGACCCAUUUGGCAAGGUGCUGGGAGCAUUGAGUACUGGAUUAAUUCGAAAGCAGUUCAUAAUCCCAUAAUUCUAAUGUUUUAAUUACUUAGAUGAACAGGAGGCAUUUGAGCAGAGGCUAAUCUCGGAGACAUAAGGGGGUGAAAAAAGGGAGCCGGGAAGAGAUUUGUCCUUCUCCUUCACCCCCGCCACACACACAGAGUAUUAAAGUUACCACCUGUUAUGCAGAACAGAUUAAAAAGAGUCGCAGACUCGAUCAUUUAUAGGAUGAGGUUGGGAACUGUUACCGAGCUCCGAUGGUAUGCAAUUGGCAUUUCUGUCCGCGCAGUUACGUAUUCAGACCGCGUUUUGACCUUCCAAUACAUCAUUUUAUUUGUUUCGCUAUGAAUAUUUUCACAUACUGUAUAACUAUGUUUUAUAACACAUCGUGUUCGAGAUUUUCCCUUCGGAGUCGCCAGAAUUCCCUUCCACGCCACCGAAGUGUCAAAAGUCGAACUUUGUUCGCAGAAAUUCAGACUAAAGUUGCAGUCGUUAAAUUGGAUAUUGAAAACAGCUGCAAAAAGCGAUCCACCGGAUAAAUCUGCCUUUUGAGUAAAAUGGCACAACGAAUGCGCAUCUUCAUUUACGAUGAAUUAGGGGAAGAGUAUACCUCAUAGGGUUCAAAUGUAUCCUCAGUAAAUAAUGAGGAAUAUUUUGACUGGCGACACGUUGGCCAUCCGCGGCUCUCUGCAAGCCCGCAAUUGUCGUCGACGGCCCACCCCUCCCGUCAAUCAGGCGGUGGGACAAAAGGCUGCUAAAGCAAGGAAGAUGACCUCAUGCCUGGAGUCGGCGAAGGGGUCUUAACAGCGUUCAACGUGCCUUUUGUGUCUGGGGCCGUUUUUCAGAUGCUGCUAAGUGCAGAGAAUCGCCUCGCCGCGUCUCUUGGGGGACUCGCGGAUGCGCGCACGCAAACACUUGUGCCGACACACAUCCCCUUGAUCCGCGGGAUGGAGCGCUGAGCCUUAAGACAAGGAGUGACAACCGGGACAGCUGCAGGGGCUGGAAGCCAGUCUUCCACCCCACCGCCGCCGCACCCCCGCAGGGCCUCACGCCAGCCAAACGAGCCAUUGUUUCUGGCCGGGGCUUGCGGUAUUUCAUUUGUCAUGAAAUGGAUACAGACACGGGAUGAGCGCAAGGCUCAAUCUCCGAAAAAGACGCCGCUCUGGCUGCUGGGCUCGCGCCGCUAACUCCGCUCAUUCUUAACCUUCUCAUCCAGCGAGCCCCAAGCACCCAGCUCUGAACUAUUAAUAAACCUGCCUCUCCAAGGUGGGCUGGAAAAGUGCGUGGGCAUUGUUUUUCAAAAUGAUCGGAGAAGAAAGAAGAGGGAAAAAAACGGGAGUGUUUUGUUUGAGGGAGGUUAGCUUUGUGUUGUCAGUUGAGGUUUUUGUCAUCCUUUGUGAUUUUCACUGUCUCGGGUUCCUCAGCAGACAUCAGGAACAUCGCCCAUUUCCUGCUCAGUGGAAAUCCAUCCGAGAUCGGUUCAACAGGUAUUGUGACAAGCGUCUCCUCUCGGGCACGUGACACCCGCCGGGUCUUCUCACCUUGGUGCUAAGCUUUCUCAGAAUGUUUUCAUCACGAGUUAACUGCAAGGAGAAACACGCGGCUGGGCAAAAAUAGCCAAGACGCGAAGAUGAUUGUCGGCCCCGCCGCUAAAUCAUCUCUAAUACCCCAAGUCCGAAAAGAGUUCACGGGCAUACAAACAAUACCCCGUUAUCUCCAUCAAGGACAUUCCUUGGCACAACAAUCGGACCAUCUCCCCCCCCCCAUGUAUUUUCCUUUCCUCCCCUCCCUCCUCGUUCUCCAGCCAGUUCCAUCAAAGAGCAUUCCAGCUCCAGAGCCCCUUAAGCCCUUCACUCAGGGCUUGACCAUGUGACACGGCACGCAGACAGUCAUCUUUAAGAAUUGAUGCACGCUAGUAUCCAAAGCCUCGGGGGAGCCGGCCUGCCAAGAUACCAAGCGCAGGCGCCACUCAUGAGGUCCAGGUACACAACAGCUGCUCAGUAAUAAAGGCAACAAAAAUGGGAGGCACUCGGGGGGGAAGAUGCAUCCCCUCGCCUCUCGCUCGACCCUAGAGUGGUCACCUUCAGCCAUUUGUUGCCGCAAAGUGUUGACUCCAGCUUUGGGGUGAGCUUGCUAGAUGCCGCUAGCUGUCGGAGACAUCCUUGUUAAUGAAUCAGUCGAAAGAUGUAAUAAACCCAAUAGAAUUUCCCGUUGUUCUAUGCAACUGAUCUGACCGCACACCGAGAUCCUUAAAGUUUGGUGUGGAGGAACUUCAAUUGGCCUUCAGACAACCCUACACUUGAAAACCAUCCGACUCUGUUCGAGUUCGAGUUAGAGUCUGCGCUAGAUUGCAGACCCGUCCGGGGCGCACCGGGAUAGGCUGCAGCUUACCCGAAUGUGGACAAGUGCUACAGAUAGAUGGACUGUACCAUCAAGUUUGGUGUAUGGACUGGACUGCAAAUAAACUGCAAUGCGCCGGUGACCGGCUCGAGGCGUAUGCCGCCUCCUGCCCAACGUCAUCUGGAUCAGCCCCAGCGCCCCCCUAAUCCUGACCAGGACAACCGGAAGAAAACGACAAAGCAAAAUUGCGAGCAAGGUCCUCUAAUCCAACAUGGAUGACCUCUGAUAUCACAAAUGUUGUCCCAGGUGGUACAGUAGGGCAGCAGAACCGUGAAAGGCUGCGCCCAGUCGCAGCUCUUGACCGUGAUACAUGGGACACCAUCAAUUUGACAACGCAGUGCAGUUUUCUUCUGAGGCUGAUCAUCUGGUAGCCCAAUUCCUGCUGAAGGUCAAGUCAAGGAAAUGAAAGCCCAUUCCAGAAGUAACACUGAUGUUGGGAUACUACGGAUAGACUCCACAAAUCAUCCGCAAGGAGACAGCUUGGAUAUUGCUUCACCUGAAGUGUUUCAAUAAAGUCCAGUGAACCAAAGCCUUGGGAAGUGGUAUCACUCUUCAAGAAGGUCCUGACCCGCACAUACCGUGAUUUAUGAUGAUACAAUCGAGCACAUCAUCUAUCAUGAAUAAGGGAUUAAAUAAACACACUCAGGUUUGGGCUACAGCACUUCUAACCCUCGUCGUGCUACUGCAAACAAGAUUGUCUCGCGCAGGAAAGACUUUUUGGGAUACAAUUCCUCGCGAAAGGUAAGCCAGAGAUGAGAACCCCAUUGAAUAGAAGGGCUCGGCAUCACCCUUCUUCCCGCUGAAUCGGAAAGGCCGGGCAGAGAUGAGGAAGAAGAGAAGGAGGAGGAGGAGGAGGAGGAGGACGACGACGAGAGGGGGAAUUUACCAAAGCAGUUCAGGAGGGCCCUCAUUACGAUAUUAAACAAGAUUUAAUAAGUGAGAGUGAUUUGAUGAGGUGAUUAUCCUGGCCCAUUAAUCAAGCAGGUUUCUGGCCGUGCCGUAAUAUGGCGCAUCUUUCCCGCCUAUACGAAAGCCUCUUUAGACGCUGAGCUCCUUACUGUGCUGACGCCGCUCCAGAAACAAAGCAAAAAAAGGCAUAUGACAUCUCAUCUCGCCAGCCUGCAGCUAUUUUCACUCCUCACUCAUCCCACCUCCCCCCCCCCCACGAGUCUGCUCUUGUGGUGCAUCUGAUAAAUUGAACCCCUUAACAUCUGGGUCAGAAAGUAAAGUCUUAUCAGGGAGCGUUAAGAGUGAUAACUGGCAGUGAUCACGAGAAAACAUCUGUUGGCUUUAAGGCUUUUGGUUGGAGAAUAGAAGGAAGUUGCGCUGACUCCACUGGGCAUUUUUGUCGGGAGGCAAGAGGGGGCGCGGGGGCGGGGGGGGCGGGGGGUUUGUGCACGCAAUUGUAUUUGUGUGUGGACUGAGUGACUGCAAACUGUAAAUAGGAAACUUUAGAAAUGUCCAAAUACAGAUUCUAUCACGUAUAGAAUGUCAACAUUUACAAAACUCGUUUUUUUACAACACCUACAAAUUUACCCAGAUGUCUCUUGAACGCACAACUUUUCUCAUCAGCCCGAAAGGGAAGUGCAGUGGCUGCGCAGUAAAGGUUCUACUUCCUUAACGAUUGCUUUCAUGCGCAAAAUAAUCACGGUCUUGGGUAUUAAAAGGAAGUCUUGAAACUCGCGGUUGCAGAAAGAGACCCGAGCCUUGAUUUUCUUUUUGCACAUGUGAAACCUGGGCUAGGAAUGCAGAAGUGAAGUCAGAUGUGAAGUCUGAGCUACGCACUUGAGUUUAUUCUUACGGCAGCCACUAGGGGGCAUCUGUCGUUACGGAGCCAUUCAAUCUACGCCAAUGGCGACAAACACGACCGUGAGGUGAGCGAUUGAAGACGGCGUCGGUGUUUCGUCCAUUGUUCGGCAGCUAAUCGUUUCCCUUUCGUGAGAGACGUGCGGACAGCUGAACAGAGCGACGGGCUCAACAGCCGACGGCGGGCAGUGAGCAGCACCCAAAACCAAGAGAAAAACAAUCAAUUAGUCUAAAAUAAACAACAACUGGACUCAAAACC